AUGAGCGCCACCUUCUUGGUUGUUAAUGAUGGAGCAGACUCACAGAGCUGUGUUCAUGUGACACAGAGUCCAUCCUCUGCUUCAGUGGUCCCAGGACGCUCAGUGUCUCUUCAGUGUUCACUUCAGCCCAAAAACAACAAGAGCCAAAUCCAGUGUCCACAAGAGCAGCAGGUGCACUGGUUCAGAGCUGGAUCUGUGGAGCCUCACACUGGACUCAUGUCCCACUUUACAAACUCCAGCUGUGUCUACAGUCUGUCCAAAACUAUAGGACGCUCCUCUGAGGCUGGGACAUACUACUGCGCUGUGCACACAUGUGGACAUAUCCUGUUUGGGACAGGAACUACACUGAACAUAGAUGAGCUCCCAGAGCUGCAGCUGUUGCCAGUGACUGUGGCUCUGUCAGUCCUGUUGUGUGUGUGUGUGCUCGUGAUCAUCGUCCUCUGUGUGAAGAGAGGGAGGCUCUGUGCACACUGUAGAGAUUCUCCUGAUACUGUCAAUAGUUCACACUGUGAGAGUUCAGAAAAUAUGGAUACACAUGCAGAUGUCAACUAUGCAGCGCUGAAUUUCUCCUCCAGAAAAAGUGAAUCAGAGAUAGAGCAGUAA